CACGAAAAUGUGAAACGCAAAAUUAUUUUGAGUGAAAUCAUUGUUGCAUAUAUCUUGCCAAGUAUUUGUUCAGUAUCCCCCGUCCAUGAAAUCUGGUAACUAUUGUCCAGCAACUUCAAGGUCAAACUCACUCCAUGACCAAGCAACGCCGCGAGACGCUCGGAUCCGUGCACAAGCAACCCAGCUCCACCGCAAGCUGGGCGUUCCUGCGAGGAGACGAUCACGCGUUCCUGCGAGGAGACACGUCUGGCGGGCAGUGCUCAGCCGCCGAGCCGCAUUCCUUGGCGUUGCAGUCGAUUCAUUAUUAUUUAAAAAAUAAACAUAUACAGUUUCUUCAUAUGGAUAAAAUUUUUAGGAAAUCGGAGGUACACCCUCAGGAAUUCGCCACAACACGAGGCGAAAGAAAUUGUGCAAAUCGUCGGUCAAACGCACGAGGUCUCCGCGCCCCGCAGCCAGUGCGAUCGCCCGGCUGCAGCCGCGUGCAGACGUUGCCACGUUUCAGCGGCGCGGAGGCGGGGGCGGGUGCGGAGGAGGAGGUGGGAGCGGGCCGGCCGGGCAGGCAGGCGUCUGCGGCACGGCGCGGAGGCGGGCCCGCGCCGACCGGUCGACUCAUUGCGGGCCGCGCCGCCCAGAAUCCAACUCCACUUUCUCCUUCGGGCGGUCGCGUUUGUUUCUCCCGCCCCUCGGCUCGGGCAGCUCGCUCGAUGAGUAAGCUUUCGGUUGAACCAGAGCCGUUCAAGCAUUUGGCGGACUGA